AUGGCAAAAACACAUAAUAAUUGUAUACAUUUUCUCUUCUUUUUACUUUUAUUAAAUGUUAUUCAAUAUUCAGAAUGUCAAGUAAUGCCACCAGACGAAGUGGCAUCUGCUGUUUGGGUGAUUAGACAAUACUGUUUGAAUGUUCAAGAAGAUCAAACAGCUAUCUGUAGUUCAGGUUACUUUAUUUGUAGCACUGGAACAACACCACAUAUCAUUAAAAUUGUAGUUUCAUUUUAUCCCAUUACUACAGGACAAGCACCAUCAGGAUCACAAAUAUUUGAAUUUCCCGAGUUAGCUGUAAUCAAUGGAUUCCCAGUUGGAAUGCCAAUGCUGCAUUCAUUUAUGAUAGGAGGAACCUAUCUUCAACAAAACAUUGUAUUUAAUUUUCCCCAAUUGGUUCAGAUGUCCAUUCCUGUGCUUGGAACGGUGACGAUCGACCAAAAUACACCAGUCCAUCCCAAAUUACAAUUUUUGUCCCUUCAAUUGUUUAUUCCACCACUCGCCCAAACGAUCUCUCUUUCUGAUCAAAUAUUCCCAGUUUUACAAGCCAUUGCUUUUAAUGUAGAGGCUGCCCCAGCUGGUUUAAAUAUAAAUUGCGGUUUGUCAUAUCUUGCUAAUUUCAAAUUAUCAUCAGAAGAUGCAAUAGUAAAUGCAUCUUUGUCCAGUCCCAACUAUAUUACCUCACUGUCAUUGAAAGGGUAUUCUACAACCUUUUCACCUCCAUUGAGUGCAUUUCCAAAAUUAGUUGGAUUAGAAUAUACUCACUCGGCAGCAACUGCUCUACCACUAACACAAUUUCCAGGUACCUUGAUAGCUAUUACAGCUACCAAUAGUAACUUUACAGUAUUCCCAAACAUUCCAUUAAAAAAUGUUACCUAUUUACAAUAUGCAAAUAACAAGUUUCAAGGUGGAAUUCAAUGGUCAAAUUUCCAAAAUGCAAAUAAUAUCCUUCUCGAUGUAACCAACAAUACUGCACUGUCAACAUCGAUACCGCAAUCAUUUUGUAAUAAUCGAUUGUAUAUUAAAGGGUGUCCAUUGAUUACCAAUGUACCUGAAUGUUUCCUUUGUUAUCAAAAGAAUUCUUUAUAUGUUCAAACUGAUAUUGUCCUCGAUGCUGGUUUUAAAUGCAAUAUUACUUUUGAUUUAACAAUGAUUUAUACUGUAUUGGGGAGGGGAAACAUUACCGGACAAAACAUUGGAUAUGGAAGAGAAGAUAUGAUUGAUGGUAAAUAUUAUCUAUCUUCAAUAACUCCAAACAAACAACUAAGUUUAUAUGAUAUAUCAUUUGGAACAGGUCCACCAAAAAAUGCUACCUUUUCAUUGGAUAAAUUCUAUCCAACUGCCUACCAAUUUAACUUUACACUUUUAGAAGUUGGAGUUUACUUUUUUGGUGGUGUAUCGUAUAGUCAAGUCGCUCCUCGUACCAUUGUUAUUUUUUUUCAAGUAUCUCAUAUUAAUAAUUUUCUGCCACACACUGUCAAAUUAAAUAAUACAAUCGAUUGUACUGACCCAUCAAUACCAGUUCCAGGUGGUAACCUGCGUUGUACUGUUCAAGGAAACUUAUUGAAAUCCAAUGACCAACUUAAAUUAACAGUAUCCAAUCAAUAUUAUAGUUUUGAUUCAGAAUUUUAUAUUUUUGUUUUAUACCCUUACGGUGUAGUAUUGGAAAAAUGGGAUAGUUUAAUCAAUGUUGGUUCAGUCUAUAGAUUCACUGGUAACUUUGCAACAACCUCAAUGGAUCAAGUGGCAGUAUACUUUAAUGGUGAUCCUUCUAUUUGUAAUAUUAUGACUAUGGAUAAUUCAUCCAUGGUUGAAUGUACCCAAGCAAAAUACUGGCCAGGUAUUGGAUUGACAAAUAUAACAAUAACAGUCCUAGGUUUCCCAUCCGCUCCAAUGAUGGCCAACUUGACAACUCUUGAAAGUUUGUGUACUUAUAAUGGUUGUUCGGGUCGUGGUACCUGUAAUAUUAAUGGUAUUUGUAUUUGUGAUACUGGUUAUUAUUCUGAUCAAUGUUCAAAGAAAUAUCCUACUUUUGCAUCGGGAUCAUACGAUAUAAAUGAUCGAAGAUUGAUCAGUAUCUAUGGUGAUUUUGGACCAUUCAAUCAAACUAUUGUAUCAAUCACUUUGAAUAGUACUGAUUGUCAAGUUACAUCAAAAUCACAAACAUUGAUUAAUUGUACAUUGGUCAGUGAACCAACUGAUGGUUUGGCAUUGGUCAGAUUGACUGUUGAUAAUUCAACAAAUAAUGGAAAUAAUUGGAUUUAUUUUAAACCUUCAUCGCAGUCAUCUGGUUCUGGAUCAGGUUCGGAUAGUGAUGGCAGUGGUGGUGAAUUAACAUGUCCAUUUAAUUGUUAUGGUCAUGGUCAAUGUAUCAAUGGGAAGUGUAAAUGUGAUACUGAAUAUAGUUCAAUCGAUAAUUGUUUGACAAAAACAAGCAAUCACACAAACACACCCAAUACAACAUCACCAACAACAUCAUUUGAUAUCGAUGGAAUUGAUUUCCAAUUUGAAAUGAUUGCCAUUCAAGAAAUAGACACCGAUAAUAAUAUCAUCAACGAAGUAUUGACAAACAGUUGGAGCUCAACGAUAUUGACAGAUAAUCAAACACAAACAACAACAGUCAACUAUCAACUCAACAACAGUGAUACAACAGCAUUACUUCAUAUCGAUGCCAAUUCAAUCAAACUAUCAGUCAACAUUAGUAAUUGGACAUUCAACACAUUCUUGACAACACUCAGAGUCAUCUUCAAAACAACAAUCAACAAUGACCAAUCAAUCGAAUUUGAUUGUCAAGAUGUCAAUAUUGAUACACUCAGCUACGAUCAACUAUCCAACUCUAUUCAAUAUCUUAGAGUGGUAAAAGAUAAUAUUCAAUUCACAGGUAGAUUUAUCGAUUAUGUAUUAUCUGAUGGAAGACCAACAUUCUCGAGAACAUCGAUUGUCAACAAAACUGCUUCAUUAGAUGAUCAACAAUCAAUUAUAUUAAUUGGAAUAAGUAUGCCACAAUCAUCAGAAAGCAUCAUCGAUCCAGAUUUCACACCAUUAUUAAUCGACAAGAAUGCUGACAGUGGAUGUGACAGUAAAUCCAAUACAUGGAGAAUCAUUGUUGGUGUUGUUGUUGGAGUUGUUGGUGCUGUUGCCAUCGGAGUUGCAUCGAUUAUAUUGAUUGACCCUUUAAAAUUUUUUGAAAAAAAAACACCAAGAAUAAUUUGCCACUUUUUAUGA